GGAUCAUCACACAAUUCUGAUGAGAUUUGGGAACGUUUUCCAUCCUCGUUUUCUGUAAAUCAUAUUAUUCUCAUGGACCUUAUGGGAUAUGGAUGAGGAGGCGUCCCUCGAAAGUUACUUUGACCAGACUAUUGCUGGUUCCUCUGAUUACAUUUUUGAUGGGGAUCAUGAUCUAAAGGGUCCAGGUCCACAGCUUCAGGAUGCCUCUUUCCUCUCCUCCUCAAUAAAUUCUCAGGAGAAAGAUCUCACAGAUGAUCUGGACCUGAGCUUCUUACCUGAUGAACUAAGCACCCAGGACGAGCCAUCGCAGGUUGCAGGUGUCAGCAGGAAUGAGGACAGUGGCAUUUACACCGACUGUCCACCGAGAGAUUCAACAGAGGCAGAAACUGACACCAGUAAUGCUGCCCAGAACACAUCACAGUUCUGCUCUCUCCCCAUGACCCCCAUGACCCCUAUGACCCCCAUGACCCCAGUGGCAGAGAGUUCAGGCAUCAUCCCACAACUCCAGAAUAUUGUGUCAACAGUGAAUCUUGCUUGCCCUCUGGACUUAAAAUCCAUUGCACUUCAAGCUCGAAAUGCUGAAUACAAUCCAAAGCGUUUUGCUGCUGUCAUAAUGCGGAUCCGUGAACCAAGAACUACUGCUCUCAUAUUCAGCUCUGGAAAAAUGGUCUGCACUGGUGCCAAGAGCAGUGAGGAGCAAUCUCGGCUUGCUGCACGGAAAUACGCUCGGGUGGUACAGAAGCUUGGCUUUCCUGCCAAAUUCCUUGACUUCAAAAUCCAAAACAUGGUUGGAAGCUGUGACGUCUGUUUUCCUAUACGCUUAGAAGGCCUGGUACUCACUCACCAGCAGUUCAGCAGCUAUGAGCCAGAGUUGUUUCCUGGUUUGAUAUAUCGCAUGGUGAAGCCACGUAUUGUUUUGCUGAUCUUUGUAUCUGGAAAAGUUGUGCUCACAGGUGCGAAAGAGCGGUCAGAGAUCUAUGAAGCCUUUGAAAAUAUCUACCCGAUCCUGAAAGGGUUCAGAAAACAGUAGAAACAAUCCACUUACACCUGAAACACGUGAAUACCUGUUUAAAAAGAUUUACC